GAAGCCGUCAGCUGGGGAUUUAAGCUGGGUUCUUCAUCAAUUCCAACCUGUUGGUAGUUUUGUCUGCUGGGGUAUGAAUUUGGUGAUAUAAUUAAUCAUGCCUGCGGAUAUUCGGAGCUUCUUUGGUGGCAAGUCCAGUCAGGGCCCCAACUCAUCUCCCGCAAAGCCUCCCGCAAAGCUUCCCGCAAAAAAAGAGGUCCCCUCUAGAACAAAGCGAACGAGAAAGGUGGUUGAUGAUAGUGAUGAUGAUGAUGAUGUUAUAGUGACUGAGGCUCCUGCCCCAAAGAUCAAGCCCCCCAGCAAAGCCAAAGCUGAGGUACCACAAGGGGAAGUAACCACGACUUCGGACUAUUUUGCAUCCAGCAAAAAGAAAGGAAGGCCAUCAAAAGCGAACGCAAAUGCGGACAAAGCAACUGAACCGUCCAAGGCUAGUCCAGCCGUUAAUAAGGUGGAGAUAACGGUGGAGGCGAAGAAGCCUACAGGCGCAACGGAAGCAUCGAAAAGGGUUUCCCGACAGAACACGAAAAAGGCCAAGGCGCUUUUAGAUGACGAAAAACUUGGCGACGACGAUAUAUUUGCAACUGAGUACAAAAAGUCAGGCAAGGGCGACGACGAUUAUAGGGAGGAGGAUGGCGGCGAAAGUGAUGAUGACUUUGAUGAGCUCACAGUAAAACCAGCUUUGGCGGCUUCCGGAAAGGGACACAAAAAGCGCUCAGCCCUUUCUGAAUCCGAUGACGACGUUGUCAUGGCAGAUCUUCCCAAGCCCGCUACAAAAGCAGCGAAAUCGGCCAGCCUCCAGAAGCAGAGGAAACGCAAAUCCGAGGUACUAGAUAGGGACGAUGAUGAAGAGUUUCAGAACAGUUCCAAAAAGGAUGCAGCCAAGACGAAGCCGAAGAAACCCAAAGCGUCACCAAUCAACCAAGCACCGGCUGAGAAAAAGGAAAUCCAAGAUAUCUAUGACAGCAUCCCGACAGUCAGGCCUCCAUCGCCUCCACCCCCUUCGGGUGAUGGGAAGAAAUUCAAUCCUUUCGCUGCGAAGAUGCGAUCACGAUCUCCUGUUUCCGGAACAGUUGAAUUACCUGUGGGAGCAGAGAAUUGUCUUGCGGGACUCUCGUUUGUUUUCACGGGGGUUCUUGAUACUCUAGGUCGCGAGGAAGGCCAGUCUUUGAUCAAAAAAUAUGGCGGCAAGGUUACUACUGCUCCUAGCUCGAAGACAAGCUAUGUGGUUCUAGGUGGCGAUGCUGGACCCAAGAAGCUGGAAACAAUCAAAAAGCACAAGCUGAAGACGAUUAAUGAAGAUGGGCUUUUUGAACUCAUCCGCCGUCUCCCUGCCAAUGGAGGUGAUGGAGUAGCAGCAGAAAAGUACGAGGCAAAGAAGAAGGCCGAGGAAGAAAAGGUUCGAGCCAUGGCUGCUGAGAUGGAGAAGGAGGAGAAGCGCAAAGUAUCUGCUGCUGUAGAUAAGGUGGCUACGGUUGAUGACCGCCUCUGGACUACGAAAUAUGCUCCGACAUCUCUAAAUAUGAUAUGCGGCAACAAAGGUGCCGUGGAAAAGCUUCAGAGCUGGCUUCGAGACUGGCGGAAGAAUGCUAAAACGAACUUCCAAAGGCCUGGAAAGGAUGGAUCCGGGACUUAUCGAUCUGUUAUGAUCCAUGGCCCACCUGGGAUUGGCAAGACAAGUGCGGCGCAUCUUGUGGCAAAGCUUGAAGGAUACGAUGUGGUGGAAACGAAUGCAAGUGAUACAAGAAGCAAAAAGCUGGUUGAGAACGGCCUUCUUGGUGUCCUAGAUACAACGUCUCUGCAAGGCUAUUUCUCAGCUGCUGAUAAAAAAGUCGAAAGUGAGAAAAAGAACCUCGUCCUAAUCAUGGAUGAGGUGGACGGAAUGUCUGCUGGUGACCGAGGUGGUGUUGGAGCUCUAGCCGCCAUUGCAAAGAAAACCCAGAUUCCGCUCAUCCUCAUAUGUAAUGAGCGAAGACUUCCGAAAAUGAAGCCUUUUGAUCACGUCACAUUUGAAAUCCCCUUCAGACGACCGACGUCUGAACAGAUCCGAGCCAGGCUAUCGACGAUCUGUUUCCGAGAGGGAUUGAAAAUCCCACCUCAAGUUCUGGAUAGUCUUAUUGAAGGAACCAAUGCUGAUAUUCGACAAGUGAUAAACAUGCUUUCAACUGUGAAACUGGACCAGAAGAACCUAGAUUACGACAAAGGAAAAGAAAUGUCGAAGGCCUGGGAGAAACACGUGAUCCUGAAGCCUUGGGAUAUUGUCGGCAAGAUUCUCAAUGCGCAAAUGUUUUCGCCCAGCUCUAAGGCUACGCUGAAUGAUAAGACCGAGCUCUAUUUUAACGACCAUGAAUUCAGUUACCUGAUGCUUCAGGAGAACUAUCUGAGGACGAGGCCCACUCUCGCCAAUGGCUAUCAAGGCAGGGAGCAAAAGCUGAAGCUACUUGAGCUAGCAGACAAUGCAGCCUCAAGUAUUAGCGAUGGUGAUCUUGUCGACAGGAUGAUUCAUGGAACCCAACAGCAAUGGAGUCUGAUGCCAACGCAUGCUGUGUUCAGUUUUGUCCGGCCAGCUAGCUUCACUUACGGUAACAUGAUGGAAAGACCUGGAUUCACCAGUUGGCUUGGGCAGAAUAGUAAACAAGGUAAACUUUGGCGCCUUCUGAAAGACAUUCAGGGACACAUGCGUCUUCGCGCGUCCGGAGACCGGAAUGAAAUCCGACAACAAUACAUCCCGCUUUUAUGGGAUAGGCUCGUGCAGCGACUCAUGGACGAAGGCAAAGACGGCGUGGAGGAUGUGAUCGAGUUUAUGGACAGCUACUUCCUUACACGGGAAGACUGGGAUGCAUUGGUGGAGCUUGGACUGGGACCAAUGGAUGAGUCCAAGGUCAAGCUCGAGACGCAAACUAAAGCCACCUUUACACGUCUCUAUAACCAGCGCUCACACCCGCUCCCUUACAUGAAGUCUAGCAAUGUUCUCGCCCCGAAAAAGGCACCGAAGGAGAAACCUGACCUUGAGGAUGCUAUUGAUGAAUCAGAUGACGCCGAGGUGCUCGAAGAUGAUUCCAAGGAGGACGAGGAUAAUGACGAAAUCGAUCUCAAGAAGGACAAGUAUAUUCGCGUGCCUAAGAAAUCGGUAGCGAAGAAGAAUACCUCCGCCAAAGGAAAAGGAAAGAAAUCGAAGAAGGACGAUUUCAUAGACGAUGACGAGGAAAACGAGCCAAAACCAAAGAAAGGAAGAGGUAGCAAAACCAAGGCCAAGUCUGGAUAAUAACUGGACGUUCUUGGACGUAUUGUAUUCUUCACUGAUUGGGAUUGUGAUUUGGGGCUAAGCGGGAGUAAUCCUUUUUUUUUUUUUUU